AAGUUUAAAAAAUAAAGGAGAGGAAAGUUCAUGGAAAAAAGAAUUCUUCUUCAUGACGUAGUGUCGAUAUGAUCAGACUCUUCCAAGCGAAUUCGCUUCUGCCCAUUGCAACUUUUUCAACUAUAUAGAUGAAAACCACCCUGGAUUGAUUUGGUUUAAUUGCAGAGCAGUUAAGGAGACAAAGCUACCUAGCUAGCUUAUCGUUUUCAAUAGCACGUUCAGUAUCAUGGAAAAAGAAAACGUCUCUGAUCUCGAUUUUGUUGAUGAUUUCUUCAUCUCUGCGCUCUUCGUCCUCGAUAAUGAAGAACAUCAGGAAGACGUCUUUUCAUUAUACGCCCAGGAGCUGCAGCUCCAGGAGACCCUAAUGGGUUCUGUGAUCAUUUCUCAAAUGGAGAUGAGUAACCCACCAUCGGCUUUGAUGAUUGAACCACCUCCAGCGGAAAAUCUCCAGGAAGCGGGUCAGUCCUCCUCCCUCGAGAUGUGUUUCUGCGAGAUUUGUACGGAAACGAAAGAAAGUAAUCAAAUGUUCACAACUGAGCGCUGUGCUCACUCUUACUGCUCCGACUGUAUAGGCAAACAUGUGGCUGCAAAGGUUGAAGAUAGUAUUACAAAAGUUACUUGUCCUGCAUUGAAUUGCGAGGCAGUGCUUGAAUUGGAGACUUGCAGGGUUAAGCUCUCCAAGGAAGUGAUUGAUUUUUGGGAAGAAGCGCUAUGCAAGGAGCUAAUCAGUGCAUCCCAGAUGUUUUAUUGCCCAUUUAGGGAUUGUUCAGCCAUGUUGGCGGCCGGUAAUGAAGGAGAAGCCAUUACAGAAUCUGAGUGCCCCUUCUGCUAUAGAUUGUUCUGUGCUCGAUGUUGUGUCCCUUGGCAUUCUGGGAUUGAGUGUGAGGUGUUUCAGGAGCUGAAUGAAGAUGAAAGAGGACGAGAAGAUCUAAUGGUGAUGGAAAUUGCUAAGGAAAAGAAAUGGAGUAGAUGCCCCAAUUGCAAAUUCUACGUUGAAAGAACAGAAGGCUGCCCACAUAUAACUUGCAGGUGUAGUUUCCAAUUCUGCUACGGAUGUGAAUCGAAGUGGACCGAAAAUCAUCACGGUUGCUCGAGAGACUAACUUGGGUGGAGAGUGGUAUGCAUUUACAAUAAUAUACAGUAAAAGAAACCUCUAUAGGAAGUUGCUUCCUCAAUGGGGAAAGGUGUGUGUGAAGAAAGUAGUGUGAGCAGAUAAUGCAAUGUGAAUAUGGUUAGAAAAAGCAAAUUGCAUUGUCCUAUGGCCUAUAAUGUCUCUUGAUUUUUAUAUUUAUUUUAAUUAAGCUGUUGGCCUAUUGGUGUUUGAUGCAAUUGAUUUUUCACAUUUUUACUUUUGAUGUUCCAAUAUGAUGUUCGUGAUCAAGAAUGUAGUUUUUAUUCAAACAAAAAAUAAAAAGAUUG